UGUUAAAUCAAUGUAAUUUAUUUAAGCUCGUUGAGGUCAUUUUUUUUUUAUUUUAAGCUUGCUUUUUUGUGUUUUAUUUUUCCAUUACCAGUUUUUUAGUCAAAAUGAAAACAUGAACAGUGAAAGUUAUGUGUUCGUUACUGUUGGAACAACUCGAUUUGACAAACUUAUUGAAGCUGUUACUACAGAAGAAUUUUUGUCUCUUUUGUUAAAGAAAGGUUUCACAAAAGUUCUACUGCAAACAGGUAAUGGAAAGUUGGCCAAAUGUAUAAGCCGGUAUGAUAUCCGGGUUGAAUCUUAUAGUUUCAAACCUUCUAUCAAGAAUGAUUUGGAAAAUGCGUCCUUAGUUAUAAGUCAUGCUGGAGCUGGAAGUAUUUUAGAGAGUUUGGCGCUGUAUAAGCCUUUGAUGGUGGUGAUCAACGAAGACCUCAUGGACAAUCAUCAAAUCGAGUUAGCUGAGAAACUUGCUUCUUUAAAAUAUUUACAUUAUACAAAAUGCAAUGAGUUAUUGCAUGCAAUGCAAACUGCUGAUUUCCAAGAACUUGUUAAAAUGCCUCCUCCUGAUAGUCAAGUAUUCGGAUCUUACUUGGAUAAUCUUAUGGGUAUCAGCAACUAAAACAUUUGAUAUCUAAGUAAUUCCUAGUUUUUAAAUUUGUAAUUUAUUUUUAUUUAGAAAUUUGCUACUAAAAUA